AUGGAUAUUGCUCAGAAUAUAAUCAAUAACUCAGAGUUUCAAGUGUCUGAGUUCAUCCUGAUGGGACUCCCAGGCAUUCACGAGUGGCAGGCCUGGCUCUCCUUGCCCAUGGCUCUGCUCUACCUCUUAGCUCUUGGUGCUAAUCUCCUGAUCUUAAUCACCAUCUCCAAUGAGCCUAACCUACACCAGCCCAUGUAUCAGUUCCUCAGUAUCCUGGCUGUCGUGGACAUUGGCCUGUCUACUACCAGCAUGCCCAAGAUUCUGGCAAUCCUGUGGUUUGAUGCAAAGGCCAUCAGCCUAGCUCAAUGCUUUGCUCAAAUCUAUGCCAUCAACGCUUUUAUGCUCAUGGAGUCAGGCAUCUUCCUCUGCAUGGCAGUGGACAGAUAUGUAGCCAUAUGUUAUCCCCUUCAGUAUCCUUUCAUAGUCACUGAAGCUUUUGUAAUCAAAGCUACACUGUCCAUGGUGCUAAGGAAUGGCCUGUUAACCAUCCCGGUGCCUAUCCUGGCUGCCCAGAGAUACUAUUGCUCCAGAAAUGAAAUUGACCACUGUCUGUGCUCUAACUUGGGGGUGACCAGUCUGGCCUGUGAUGACAUCAUCAUUAACAAGCUUUAUCAAUUAGUGUUGGCCUGGCUUCUGGCUGGGUGUGACAUGAUUCUGGUCUUUGCUUCCUAUGCUUUGAUUAUUCAUUCAGUGCUGAAGCUCAACUCUGCUGAAGCAAUAUCUAAAGCCCUGAGUACCUGCAGCUCCCACCUUAUCCUUAUUCUCUUUUUCUACACAGCUAUUAUUUUAAUAUCUGUCACUCACCUUGCAGGAAGAAGGAUUCCCCUCAUCCCUGUUCUCCUCAAUAUGCUGCAUAUUAUCAUCCCUCCAUCCCUUAACCCUAUGGUAUAUGCCCUUAGGAUGCAGGAACUGAAAGCAGGCAUCCAGAGAGUGCUUGGUUUAGGUGAGUAUGUGUCCAGGAAGUAA